AGAGACUCCAGAGAUGGACCUGUCCUACAGGUCCACCAUCUCCAUCUAUAAGAGUAUCCUGGAGCAGUUCAACCCUGCGCUGGAGAACCUGGUGUACCUGGGGAACAACUACCUGCAUGCCUUCCAUGCAUUAUCCAAAGCAGCUGAGGUGUAUUUUAAGGCAAUUGAGAAGAUUGGGGAGCAGGCGCUGGAGAGCUCCACCUCACACAUGCUGGGUGAAAUUCUGAUGCAGAUGUCUGACAUGCAGAGAAUCCUGAGCUCUGAUUUAGAAGUUGUGGCUCAGACCUUCCACGUGGACCUGCUGCAGCACAUGGAGAAGAACACCAAAAUGGAUGUACAGUUCAUCAGUGAGAGCCAGAAGCAGUAUGAGCUAGAGUACCAGCGCAGAGCCACCAAGCUGGAUAAAUGCAUGGCAGAGCUGUGGAGAAUGGAGAGGGCCCGUGAUAAAAAUGUCCGGGAGAUGAAGGAGAAUGUGAUGCGGCUACGCUCGGAGAUGCAGGCAUUCGUCUCUGAGAGCCAGAGGGAGGCUGAGCUGGAGGAGAAACGCCGCUACCGCUUUCUAGCUGAAAAGCACCACAUGCUUUACAACACUCUCCUACAGUUUUACAGCAGGGCUCGGGGCAUGAUCCAGACCAAGUCACCACAGUGGAAGGAGCAGCUGGAGGCCAGCCGCAACCCCUCAAACAGCCACUCGCAGGGGCUUCUCAUGGUCUCCCAUGGCCAGGGGUAUCCAUCGGGUCGGCUUAUCCCCAGCCACCUCGAGAUGCCCCAGAGACCCCUUGGAGACUUUUCUUCUCCCAUGACUGGGAGUAGAUCCAGCAUCUUCUCUCCCGAGCCUCCAGAAAUGAGACUGUCUCCCCAGCCAGAGACCGCCAGACGGCUGCUGCGGAGGACACCAUCAGCCAGUUUGGCCCCUACUGGCCGUACCUCCCGUUCGGGUUCCUUUGGCGAGGCCAGCAGUGGCAGUGAAGGCAGGAGGAGGAGUGGCAUGGUGAGAGUGCAGGCUAUCGUGCCCCAUGCGACAGGCGCCAACCGGACCCUGCUACAGUUUGACCCCGGGGAUGUCAUCAUGGUGUUGAUGCCAGACGCGCAGAAUGGCUGGCUCUAUGGCAAGCUGGAGGGCUCAUCCACAUGCGGUUGGUUCCCCGAAGCUUAUGUCAAGCCUCUGGAGGAUGCGAGGGAGAUGGAGGAGCCAACCACCAGGUCCUUCCCACUGCGAAGCAGUCACAGUAUGGAUGACAUCCUGGACUGUCCCAGCACUCCUUCCUCUAGCAAUUACUGGUCUGCUGCUGCCCAGCCCAGUUUGCCAAACUCACCUCCCCUCUCAGUGGGUGCCAGCAGUCACCAGAGUGGGGUGGCCACCCCAGUCAAUUCUGUCUCCAAGAAAACAGGACUAUUUGACCAUCCCCCUGAACUCUUCCCAAGAGGUACCAACCCCUUUGCCACAGUCAAGUUGCGCCCCACAGUCACCAACGACCGCUCAGCACCCAUCAUUCGAUGAAGUGGAGCUGUGGAUGGUGAACAAUUUCAGCAAGAAAGGGGGAGGCAUACAAGUGAUGGUCUGUGACCCCCAGCUGGGCAGCAACCUAGUGCUACCACUCAAGGAGUCACUUCUCUUUUCCCCUCCCUUGCCUCUGGCACCUGGCUGUCUGCUGUGCUUUAGCCAGCAGCAGAUCCCUGCUGCUCUUUUUGGAUUGCUCCCUGUCCCCCCUCCCUGUGUGAUGUUACUUUGCUUGAGUGGGAGAAGUCUCGUGUUACUGGUGCUGGUGGCCUGGAAGAUGCUGGUCUGGGAGGUGGAGGGGUGAAAGGGUGAGAUCAUUUGCAGCAUGGGGCAGUGCUAGCAGGAUGACAAAGGUGAAGCUUUGCCAGCCUUGCUGUAGGCAAAGGACACCUGCCCAAUAGUCCCUUUGCUACCAGAAAAAUGAACCUCAAAGGGAGGAGGUCACAAGAAGGCUUCCAGCGAUGUGGUCCAGCUGCCAGGGUCUGCAGCAUGCAGCACUCUGCUCUCAGCCCCUUUGGAAACUGUCCAUUUAUAGCAGCAUCUGCCCCUUCUCACCCCCAGUGCGGCCCCUUCCCUUGCUGGGCAGCCCCAGGGCAAGGUGGGGGCAGGUGACAGUGCCCAGCACCAGUACCCUGUUCCUUCACCUGUUAUCCUGUGGAAAAGAUUUGAGGUUUUUUUUUUUUA